GGAGGAACGCCACUUGCCUCGUGUUUGCGCCAGCCGUCAAUCUGGCGGCCUUUCUGAUUUUCCUCCACCAAAACCUCCAGAUGGUGAUCGCCAACGGCUUUGAAGACCUACCUGUGACAUUUCGCCCCCGAGUGUAGCGCUCACCACCAAGACCAUGGUGCGCCGAAGGAGCGCUGCAAGCCAAAAUCAGGCCCAGAAUAAUGGACAGGCCGGCAAUCAGAACAACAACCAGACUGGCCCCCAGAACACCACACAGAAUGGCACCCAGGUCAACAACCAGAAUCUGCCUGCGAGGCCAAAUCGUGCUGUCUUCGGACCGCAAUCUGCCUUGACGGACUUCCUGGCCUCCCACAACAUCUCAGCGACACGGAUCCGGGAGGAUGCUGAAGUACGUCGCCGCCAAGCUGCCGCUGAGCAGAACAACGACGAGCUCGAGGACGAGUCUUUCGCAGCUCCCUCCGAAUCGAGUACCUCAGCACGGCGGUCAAGUCGCCGUGGAAAUGACCUACAGAAGUCGAAGAAGGAAAAGGAUGAAGAGAAGGCGCUGGAGAAAAUCAAGACGAGCAAGUCUUUCAAGAAGCGCAAGAAGAAUGCCAAUGAUUCCGACGACGACGAUGACGUCGCCCGCGCUAUCUUUGAGCAACGAAGCGCCCCAAUGCCUGGCCAGAUGGAAAACUGUGCCAUUUGCGAGAAGCGUUUUACUGUCACCCCAUAUUCAGUCGCCGGCCCUGAUGGUGGUUUGCUAUGUGCUCCCUGUGGACGGCAAGUGGCCAAAGAACAACAACAAGAUCAGCCAAAGAAGAAGCCACGGAAGCAGGCUGCCGCAGGUGGGGUCGGCAGACGACGAGCUAUCCAAAGCAGAAUCCUUGAUGGUGAUGUUGGCACCAAAAGCUUGGUAACGCUCUGCGUGCAAACCUUGGCCAAAAACGUCGAUCUGGCAGACAGUCUUGGGGACUUGCCUGAUCACUUGGUUGACAAGAUUGCACGAAUGUUCUCAAAGCGACGUCUAUUGAAGCCAGAUACGCUCCCGCUCUUUGUACAGCCAACCACUGAGACUCUUCACAUCUAUGAUGGCGCGAGGCUUGGAGAGCAAGACUAUGUCAGCAUUUUCCAAGUGUCGCCAAACCUUCGCCGGCUCAAGAUCCGCUGCGGUAUCCAGUUCAAGGAUGAGGUAAUGGAUUAUUUCUUAACCCGCGACAUCUCACUAGAGUCGUUCUAUCUCCAUGGCGCGAAUCUUCUCAGCUCGGAAAAGUGGCACGAAUUCCUGGUCGCCAAGGGUAAGGCCUUGAAGGGUCUCCAGGUUUACUACACUGACAAGCACUUCGGUGAUGAUAGUGUGGGAAUGCUUAGGGAGCAUUGCCCGAAUCUGGCCCGAUUGAAGAUUGAGAACAACCAGCAAGUGUCUGACGAAGGCAUAAAGUCAAUAGGAGAGAUAUCUAGCUUGGAGCACGUUGGUCUUCAGCUUCAGACGCUAACCUCUACUGCCGCCUACACUCACACUAUCUCGCAAAUCGGUCAGAAGCUUCAGACACUUUCCCUCAAAAUCGUCCCCGCCGUCAACGAUGAACUCUUGAAGGCAAUCAAUGAGCACUGCCGCUCCCUCACCAAACUCCGCAUCACGGACAGUGAGAUUAUGACUGACAAGGGAUUUGUCCACCUUUUUACCGAGUGGGCGAACCCACCCUUGCAUAUUAUCGAUUUUCAGAAAUGCCGACAGCUCGACUCGACUCGACCCCGGGACAACCCUGACGACAUCGGACUGUGCAGCGAGGGGUUCAAAGCUCUGAUGGCCCAUUCUGGACAGAAGCUGCGUUCUCUCAACGUGCACGCCUGCCGCCACAUCUCUCGCGAAGCCUUUGAAGAAGUGUUCAACGACAAGGCUAACUAUCCCGAACUACGAGAGUUGGAGAUUUCCUUCUGCGAGGAAGUGACGGAUUUUGUACUGGGGAGCAUAUUCCGAGCAUGCCCUAACAUUCGUGAGGUGAAUGUCUUUGGCUGCAUGAAGGUCAAGGAAGUGCGGGUGCCUCGUGGGGUCAUCCUAGUUGGAGUUCCCAACGCGCAAGGCAUGAUCGUGGAGGGAACUCAUGAUUAAUUUGUUACACGCAUUUUGGACCUCUGUAUCAGCGGAGUGUUGGCGUUUGUUUUUUGACCCCGUCAGGGCAUGCCAGUGGUAGCGUCACCGUUGUCAUGUUUCCGGGUACGGCACCAGUCACAGGGGGCUUGUUUUGGCCGACACAGGAGUAGGCUACGUAGACUUUUGCUCUCAAGACAAUAUAUGU